AUGAUUGCUGCAAUUCUUCUUGGAUUUCUGCUUAGUGCCACCAGUGCGAAGAAUAUUCGGGUAGACGUGAGAGGAAAUUUCCAUUGUGAAAACAAUCCCGACACUUUGGUCUUCGUCGAACUGAGGGAGUUUGAUGCGAUCAAAGACGACGUUCUUGGAUGGACUACCGCGACUACCGAGCGCCCUUUUUCUUUGACUGGAACCGAAGAUGAAAUGUUCGGCAUCAACCCCUACAUCGUUAUUAAGCAUUCUUGUCGCGGUGCUAAUGACGAAGUCGUCGUGUAUUUGGGGCACGUGAAGGCGGACACAUUGUUUUUACUGGAAGACGUGAAUCUGGAAGAUGCGAAACUAGAGAAAACAUUGCAGAAGAACUACGUCCGCUCAGAGCCGCUUGAUUCUCGGAAUGCUUACUUCCCUGGCAUGUGGUAA